GAGACAAGGCAUGAAUCACUGAACACAAUGAACGCUCCACGCACUCGCAGUCGAAGUCUCAAUUGUCAAUUGAGAUUUAGGUAUUUUGACAAUGCAGUGAUACACUAGUGAGGAGCUGGGUUUAUUUGUUUUUAUUUUAUUUGUUUACUAGUGAAGUGUAAAUUUUAAUUUGGAAUUCUGUGCUGUGGACCAAUAACGUGUACUAUGUUGUGAUACAUCCCUAAUAAAAUACUGGUUGGAAUAAGUGAAGUGUAGCUCUUGUUUGGAUCAUUGAAACUCAAUUAAAGUAUCGCAAAGGCUUUAAAGUGACGUUAUUUUGUGUGCCUCGCCAACGGAAGUCUUCACAGAGCGACAGUCGUGAUGGGAUGAUUGGACUGCAGGAAUGCGGGCCAGCGCCACCCAGGGCGCCUAUAUCCCAGAGCCGAGCCAGGACGGCUCAGGCGGUGGAGUACUACAACACUCACGUGCAUAGGGCCUGGGCCUCAGCGGGCCUGUCGGCCUCAGCCGCAAGGGCCUCUUUCAGCGACCGUCACAGCCACAACUGUCCCGUAGGGAAGAACGCGUCUGGCAGACCUCAGAACAUCGGCACUCCUGACCUCUUGUAUCGCAGCAAUUCGAGCUUGGAACUGCUGGAUCACCAUCACGGUCAUUCAAGAAGGACGAAUGGUUCUCCGCCCGGCCUCAAGAGAGAAUACGGCUCCCACGGGUCCAUAGAUCACAUCAUAGACAGACCAUCUUCCAGUCAGACCUCAAAUGGGACACACCUAACAACUGGCGAGUCGUUUUUUGCUAUGCUGCAAGAUUACAGACCCGCCGUUUUGGGAGCUAUUGGAACAGACCAGAGAUCUCCGGGGCCUUCGGAAUACUUGAGGGGGAAAUCUGUAGAUCAGGCAGACGGUAUAAGUAGCAGCAGCUACGCUGGCGACACCAACGCUAAUUCUUCGUACCAUUCUAAUCCUCAAAGUCCCAAAUUGAGGGUUAAGCUGCCGAGGUUUUGGGGAAGUGGUAAUGUCAACAGCAGUAGCAGCAGCAAGAACCAAAAACAAGCAAUGGAUGACAGUUCGAUAGUGUCCGGCAGUAGCACAAGUGUAAACGUCAACUCAGAGUCUGAGGAGAUAGCACGAAGGAGGGCCUUCACCCAUUUCGAUUGCCAGUCUUUAACCACAAAUUUGAGCUACGUGGUCCGCAUUAGGAGGAAUCUUCUAGCCAAAAGGCGGAACACAGCCACCGGAGCAUCUGCUGCAUCUAUGCUGGCCAGAUCUUCUACACCAGAUGCAGAGAAUGGUGACGAAGACAUUGGAGAUGGCCAGAGCAACGGUUUGGUGGAAAGUUGUCCUUUCUUCAGGAACGAGAUAGGCGGUGAAGAAGAGAGAAUAGUGAGUUUGACUCGAGUGCAAAGUGGUAGUUCGGGUGGUAACAAGAGACCGUUACAUAGGCCCCCGUUGGCCUAUGGGGUGGCUGUGCUGGAGUUUCCGUUGGGUGAGACGCAUUGGCGGCAUUCGACGUGCCCCUACCAGAGAUUGCCGAGGCCUAUUGAGAGUGUGGACCAAGGAGCUUUAUACUUUAGAAAAUAUUUCUCAGGAAAAGAACACCAAAAUUGGUUUGGUAUGGACGAGCAGCUAGGUCCUAUUGCAAUAUCCAUACGAAGAGAAAAAGUGAUACACAAAGAAAAUCAAUCAUCUUCCAUAAUGCAAUACCAGUAUAGACUAGUCAUAAGAACAUCUGAAUUACAAACGUUACGAGGCGCCAUCUUGGAAGACGCCAUACCUAACAUAAAAACAUCGAAUAGUAGUAAAACUAUGAAUGUCAAAGAGGUACUUGAAUAUGUGGCUCCAGAAAUACAGCUCAGCAGUUUGAGAAUGGGCAUUCAAACAUCCCAGACUGAAGAUCAACUGCUCAAGUUGGACGAACAGGGCCUCAUGACGAAUUAUAAAGUUGGUGUAAUGUACUGCAAAGCGGGACAGAGCUCUGAAGAAGAGAUGUAUAAUAACGAAGAAGCUGGACCUGCUUUUAACGAGUUUCUAGAGACAAUCGGCAAGAAAGUGAGGUUAAAUGGGUUUCAGAAGUACAAAGCAGGGCUUGAUAACAAAUCUGAUUCGACAGGAUUAUUUUCUGUGUAUGCUGAUUACCAAAAUUGUGAAAUAAUGUUCCAUGUUUCUACCAUGCUGCCUUUCACACCAAACAAUCGACAGCAAUUGCUGAGAAAACGACACAUUGGAAAUGACAUUGUUACUAUUGUUUUUCAAGAACCUGGUGCCUUACCUUUCACACCAAAAGGGAUUCGAUCCCAGUUCCAGCAUGUUUUUAUCAUAGUGCAAGCAAUAAAUGCGUGUACAGAAAAUACACAUUAUAAGGUAGCUGUAAGUAGGUCUAAAGAUGUACAAGUUUUUGGACCGCCUAUAAAGGAAGGCGCUGUCUUUCCUAAAGGAAAAGCUUUUGCAGAAUUUCUGCUUGCUAAGGUAGUGAAUGCGGAAAAUGCAGCCCAUCGAAGUGAAAAAUUCGUCUUGAUGGCUACUAGAACGCGGCAAGAAUAUCUUAAAGACCUUGUAGAAAACUUUUCCACUCACACAACUAUUGACACUGGACAGAAGUUCUCCAUUUUCAGUAGUAAAAAGAAAGAGAAGAUCCGUCCACGUUUCAUUCCAGAUGCUUGUCAAAGGGGAGCCAUACUUUGGCAGGUUCUUUUAGACGACAGUGGCCUCUCACAACAGAUCGAAUGUUUUUUGGGGAUAUCCACAGAUAGCUUAGUACUUAUUGACGAACAUACAAAACAGAUUGUUUUUGUAACUCCUUGUAAAUCAGUAUUAGGAUGGUCACCGCAGAGUAACAGCCUCAGAAUUUAUCACCAUCAAGGUGAAUGCAUGACGAUACAUAUGCGAGAUUCGCAUGGUGACCGAGACGAACUUAUGGAGAUUAUGGAACGUCUGAAGGCUGUUACUCAGGGGGUCUUCGCACAAGAGCUUCCUCUAAAAAGGAAUAUCAUGGGACAAUUGGGAUUUCACGUUCAACCGGAUGGUAUUGUGACAUUAGUUGAGAGUGUAGGGCAAGCUUGGCAAGCUGGUCUGAGGCAAAAUUCGAGGCUUGUUGAAAUUUGUAAGGUUGCCGUUUCUACUCUGACUUACGAUCAAAUGGUGGAUUUGCUGAAGACAUCACAACUUGUGACGCUGACUGUCAUUCCUCCGUUGCCAGACGGUUCACCCCGUAGAGGUUGCACCCUGCCUAACUGUAAAUACAACGAAAACAAUUAUGAGGGUGAUUACGAAAAUACUGGUACCGACGAAGGGAAAUACAGAAAAGCUCCGCAAAUUCAACAAGCCGGCAACCAUAAAAGAGUGUACGAGAGGAGUUUUAGCCCCCCCCGUUCUAGCAACAGUUCUGGGUAUGGCACUGGCAGCAGUAGCAAGUCGUUUCACGGGCCAGAUUCGAAAUAUAAUAUGAACAUAGAGGGCAUUACAACCGGCUCGUCUAGUGCCAAUUCUACAGAAGAAAAAUGGUACGAUGCGGUUCAUGAUUUUGAUCCUCCACCGAUUCCAACGAAAUCCACCUAUCGUACUGUUCACGCAAAUAACACAUUUCCAUCAACCCCAAAACGCAACAAUCAUCACCUCCAAACGUCACAACUACAGCUGUCUCAGUCACACAACCAUUUCAUCCAACCUCAACUGCAACACAGCAAAGUGUCUGUUAGCCAUUCCCUUCCUUUGCAACACGUCAAUUUCACGCAACCUUUGAGUACUCCAUCUAUUUCUACUUUGAACAACAUGGAUUACGAUUUGGGGUACAAAAACAAUAUACUCAAACAACAGAGCGAAAAAUCUAGACAAGACGGAGAGUAUUCUGCUAGUAGAGUAAAUACGGAUUAUACUUCAUUGCAGCAUUUAAAUAACGAACUGAGUAGAAUGAAUCUCAAUGACGGACACUCCACUGACAGUUCGAUUAGUGAGAGGUUAUGUAUAUUAGGCAGUGAGGAUGAAGUAUCUAAUGGUAGUGGAGGUAAUCUUUCUCCUAGACCUCAGAGAAAAGCUAAAUCCUUCGCGAGUACCAACAGUUUAACUAGUACCAGUAGAAAUCAAAGUCCCCGAUCUGUAAACAGCGACACUAAACUGAGGCCUGGAGUUAAUUCCAGGUCAUCGAACAGGAACAGUGCCAACCUGUCUUCUAGUAACUUUCAAGAAGAACUUAUGAGACUUAUUAAUCCAGAUAAUAUUGAAGCUUCGAAUGUUAUGACUGACUCUCCAAAAACCAAAGAUAAAAAUCACUCUAGGGAAAAUUUGUCUAGAGAAAAACUAUCUGUGCACGAUAAAACUCAAGCAGAAGUUAUUUUAACGACGGCACGACCUGCUACAGUUAUUUCAAAUGCUAGUACAACUUCCAGUCCUCUUCUCAACGAAUUCAGGAACAAAGACGAUUCUUUGGGGAUAGUUAGGAGGAAUAACUUGAUGAAAGAAAAACCCUCAGCUGUGGCUGAAGAAUUCACACUUCCCGAAGAGAUGGAUUGGACAAGUUUGAUCGAAGGUGGAGUGAGAAGUUUGAUAUCUCCAAAGGAAGCUACCAGUGGGAAUUACGAUGGGGAUAGAAGACAUUGGGAAUUGGACGGGAUGAUAGAUGCUUCUUUAACAUCUUCUGUUGGAUCAAGCACCAGUGUUCCAGAACUUCAAAACACAGUUUCUGAGCUUGAGGCUAAAGUCAACAGAGAAACCCGUAGAAGAUUAUCACUGGAAAAUGAAGUACAACGUUUGAAAGAUGAGAAUCGUAAACUGCAAGAUCAGGCACAGGCUGCUCUAGCGCAACUACGAAAAUUCACCGAAUGGUUUUUUAAAAACGUCCAAAGACAAUAACAAGUGCGAAACAGGUAUCUGAACACCAAACAUAUAGUUGAUAAAUUAUAUAUUAACGAAUAUCUUCUCAAUUUUCCAGUAUAUAUCGUUUUGCAAAUGUGAUAAACAUUGUUUAUAAAUUACUUCAUGAUGUUUUCUCUACAUCAGAUUAAGUCAAGCAUAAGAAACUUUGAUUUUUCAAUAUUUCUGGUUUAGAUUCAGAAAUUAGUACCAAAGAUUUACAAUCCUAUGCAGUAUUUAAAAAAAAUCUCAAGGCAGUGUUGGGAAGAAUUCUCCAAAGAGAAUUUGAUAGCCUGAUGUAGAGAGUUUAAGAUGAUAAUUGAAAACAGUUAUGUUUUUAUGUGCAUUAUAAUUGUUAUGAAUUUUUCUUUUUGUAAUUUUAGAAUUUGUAAAUAGGAACCUCUACAGCUAAUAUCUUCCUUUGAAAUAUCACUCCAUCUGACUGUGACUAUAUUUAUGUUUUGAAUUUUUACUUCUUAGUUGUCUUAGUGUAAUUUUAUACUUUAUUUUUAUAUACAGUACAAAAUUGUUAUGUAGUAUAAUGUAUGUAUUUAUUAUUUUUUCUGUUUAUAAUGGACCAUGUUAUGACAUUUAAAAAUUGUUUUCUUGUAUCUGUUCCAAUAUCUACAUUAUCACUUAAAUCUGUAAAUUUUAUUCAUACCUCAGUAUUUUCUUGAAUUUUCCUGAUUUCCCAAUAUUAGGUAAUGGAUUCAGCUUUUGUAUCAAUGGUUACCAAUUUUCUUUUUCAUCACGUUUUACUUCAUUUUAUCAAUAAAAAACUCUAACCAAAAACAUUUGAAGAUGAGUUCUUUUCAUAACAAGACAAAUCGAAUUGUAGAACAGCAAUAAUUUACUUGAGAAUGAUGAAUUCACUUGUUUAUCAGGGGUCAUUUUCAGGAAUAAUUCUGAAAUUUUCUCAUUGUUCUUUGUAAUUUAUCAAGUCUAUCAUUGUUGCAUAAUUUUAUACAUAAACUUAUUAUAAGCGAGUUAAUAUUUACAACAAAAAUAAAGAGGAUGAACACCAAAUUUGAUAAAAUUAUUAUAGUUAUUGAAAUGAAUAUUGUAACUUAAUUGUUAGCACUUACAAUCCAUUUCUGAAGUAUUUUGACACCCAACAGCCAAAUUUACAUUAAUCAAUGCUUCAGCAAUGUAUUUCAAGAGGGACUUAUGUAUUUAAGUAUUCUGUAAGUUUAUUGAACUUGAAAUAUUAUACUGAUUAAAUACAAAUCAUAAGAGUUAAGAGUAUAAUUUCCAUUGUUUUUGAGAUUAUAGAAAUCGACAAGUUC